AUGGUUUCAUCGAGAUUAAUCAGAUUAUUCUUCCUUUGUACACAAAUUUUGUUACUCAUCAUCAACGUUAAUUUCACUCAAGCCCUGCUUGGACCUCGUGAUGUUCCAAUAUUCCACUGUUCUAACAACAAAGGUAACUACACCACUGGCAGCACCUAUCAAACAAACCUCAAUGGCCUCCUCUUUGACUUACACUCUUACAACAACGGCUAUGGCUUUUUCAAUUCCUCCCGUGGCGAAAACAUUGACAGAGUUUAUGCAAUCGUGCUCUGUCGAGGACUAAUUAAAGAGGACAUUUGCAGUAAGUGCCUUACUGACGCUGCAAACUAUCUAAGGGAACAUUGUACUAAUCAGGAGGCAACUGGAUGGCAGAACGAUUGUAUGUUACGCUACUCAAACCGCUCCCUAUACGGCAUGAUGGAAACUAAUCCAGAUUUAUACCUGAAAGAUGUUGAAACUUUAUCUGUAUCGACAGGCUUGGAUGCGUUCAGUCAGGAGAGCUCUCACUUACUGAAUCGACUAGGACAAAAAGCAGCAACGGGUGGUGAUCUUCGUAAAUUUGCAACAGGAAACGCAAGCCUUCCAAGUUCUGAUAUAACAAUCUAUGGACUUGUUCAGUGCACCCCAGAAUUAUCCGAGCAGAGUUGUAUUGAUUGCUUAAAUUAUACUUUCGGAAUGUUUGGAUCAUGUUGUAGCGUAUCAGUUGGUGUGAGAAUUGUGAAACCAAGCUGUGGCUCAAGGUAUGAAAUUUACCCCUUUCUUAACGAUACAACUGAGACACCACCGGCCAAUACUGCGAGUCCAGGAGGAAAGAAGAGUAAUACUUCUCAGACUGUCAUCAUUACGGUUGUUACGGUUGUAAUUUCCCUGGUACUAAUUAUAUUGAUCUGCAUUUAUUUUGAGAGUGAAGAAGAUGAAGGGAAAACUUGGAGUUUUUGGUUUCAUAUUGCAUCUCUCUCAUGUAAAGAAGCAGAUGAAAUUCUUGAUACAGAAGCCUUGCAGUUCGACCUUGGCUCCAUAAGAACGGCUACAAAUAACUUUUCUGAAGCAAAUAAGCUUGGAAGAGGUGGAUUUGGGGCUGUUUACAGGGGUAGGUUUUUGAACCAAGAAGAUAUAGCGGUUAAAAGGCUUUCUAAAGAUUCUGCACAAGGAGAUAUAGAAUUUAAAAAUGAGGUCACGUUAGUAGCCAAAUUUCAACAUCGCAUUUUAGUUAGGCUCCUUGGUUUCUGCUUGGAAGGAAACGAAAGGCUUCUUAUCUAUGAGUUUGUCCCGAAUGCAAGCCUUGAAAAAAUGAAGAUUGUCCGAAUGCUUUCUGAUCAUUUCAUAUUUGAUCCAACCAGGCGCACACAUUUGGACUGGGAUAGUCGCUACAAGAUCAUAUUUGGAAUUGGGAGAGGACUCCUUUACCUUCAUGAAGAUUCUCGUCUUAAAAUAAUUCAUCAUGAUUUGAAAGCAAGUAAUAUUUUGUUAGAUGUAGAAAUGCAACCCAAGAUUGCAGAUUUUGGCAUGGCAAGACUGUUUGAUCUUGAUCAAACACAAGGUGAUACCAGUCGAGUUGUAGGGACGUUUGUUUACAUGGCUCCUGAGUAUGUAAUGCGUGGGCACUUUUCUGUUAAGUCUAAUGUGAAUAGUUUCGGUGUGUUAAUUUUGGAGAUAGUUACUGGACAGAAAAAUAGUUCUUUCCGUCAUAGUGGGAACGUGGAGGACCUUCUAAGCUACGCAUGGAAAAGUUGGAAGGAGGACACGGCUUCAAAUUUAAUAGAUCCCAUGUUGAAGAGUGGUUCAAUACCAGAAACAAUGAGAUGCAUCCACAUAGGAUUAUUAUGUGUGCAACAAAAUAUAGCUGAUAGGCCAACCAUGGCUGCUGUUAUUCACAUGCUUACUAGCUACUCUCUUGACCUUCCAGUACCUUCACAACCAGCAUUUUUUAUUGUUGGAUCAGAUGUGACUGCGGUCCAAGGGUUGAAUCAAUCUCGAAGUAGCUCUAUCCAACAAUCAGUAAAUGAGGUUUCAAUCACCGAACUAUCUCCUCGGUAG